AUGAUGUCUCGUGUGGGCCCUGGAGCUGCAGGUACUGAUGGGAGUGACUUCAAACACAGAGAGAAGGUGGCCACACAGUACCAGAUGAGGUAAUCAUAUCUGUCUAUACCCUUGUCUGUCUGUAUGCUUGUCUGUCUGUCUGCCUGCCUUUCUGUCGGAUCAUUAAACAUACUGUCUCAGCUCCCUCUCCCCUUUUUCCCUGUGCCUCCAGUGCCUUGCUAAAGUCGGAGUUGCGGAAGCUCAACUUCGUCCACCUUCUGCUGUGGCUCAUGGUGGCGGCCCAGGUGACCGUCAGCAAACUCGACCUGGUGCCCAGCGACACGGUGGCCGAGCCCUACAGAUGGGAGUAACCGUACCUGAUCAGUUUCUUUCCACUGGUCACCAGCAGACUGUCGCUUCCCAAGAACAACAUCAGCUACCUGGUGAUCUCCAUGAUCAGCUCGGGCCUGUUCUCCAUUGCUUCACUCUUCUACAGCGGAAGAAGCUUGUUGAGGCCCAGCAGCUUUACCGCCAAGGCAAGGCCUACCGCUUCAUCUUCGGCUGAGCGGCAGUCACCGUCAUGUACCUUGUGAUAGUGGUGGCGGUGCAGGUGCACGCCUGGCAGAUAUACUACAGCAAGAAACUGCUGAACGCCUGGUUCGAUUUCACACAGGAUAAGAAGAAGAAGUGA